GCAGCGAUCUAGGAGGAGUGACUCGUUGACUGCGGCGAACGCAAUUUCGGCAACAUGGGAGACGCUGUGGGAUUUAUUCUAAAGGGAUUUUAAGAACUGUCGGGACGAUGGCAGAGAGGUUGGAGUGGGUGGAGAUCAUUGAGCCGCGCACGCGGGAGCGUAUGUACGCCAACCUGCUGACGGGCGAGUGCGUGUGGGACCCCCCGCAGGGUGUUUGCAUCAAGCGGACAGGUGACAACCAGUGGUGGGAGCUGUUUGACCCCAACACUUCCCGCUUCUAUUACUACAACGCCUCCACACAGCGCACUGUAUGGCACCGGCCUCAGGCCUGCGACAUCAUCCCCCUGGCCAAGCUGCAGACUCUGAAGCAGCACACCGACGCCACCAUCCCCCGCCCUGCCAGUGGAGGAGGAGGCAGAGUGUCAGCUGAUAACAGCCCGGGGCGUAACAGCGGGGUCAGCAGGGAGGGGAGCACCUCCUCUUCCCUGGAUCAGGAGCUCUCUGAGAAGCAGGGCAACAGAGACGAGGCGGACAGGACAUCCCCCUUCAGAUGGAACACCGGCACCAAGGAGAGGAUGCUGAUUAAGGUGACGGACAGAGAGCCCAGCUUCCUGGCCCACCAGGGAAAUGGUUACUCCCCCGUUGACCCGCCCACCACUGCUCCUCCUUCUGGUGGGGGCACCACCUCACGAACUCGCCGUCCCUCUGGGGGAAACCCGCCUUCAGAACCCGAUGCCUCUCCUGUCCUCUACGCCGACCGACGUCAGUCCCCCUUCCUGAAGCGAGCCGAGCUCGGCGGCACCGGCACCCACCGCCGCUCAUCAGCCGACUCUCAGCCUCCCUCGCCCCGCUACGCUUAUGAACCUCCGCUGUACGAGGAGCCGCCGUCAGAGUACCAGUCCCCUCCCAUAUACGAAGAGCCCCCCACUGACAUGCACCUCUCCGACUCCGCCUUCUACGGCACCGGCAAGUCACCUGCUCGCAAGUCCUCAGCCCCCCUUUACCACUCUCCCAAGCAGGGCCAGUCGCCGUACGGCCAGCUGGUUCUGACCCGACAGAAGUGUCCAGAGAAGACCCAGAGUCUGGAGUACAGUCCUGUGGGGAAGGAGUACGUCAAGCAGCUGGUGUACGUGGAGCAGUCGUCUUCCAGCCCUCGCUUCAAGACCGCCGAUCGUCUGCUGCGUUAUGGCACCACAGGGGGCUACGGGGGCUCAUAUGGAGGGUCCUACACUCUGCAACACAGCCAGUCUCUGAUCAGGGACCCCCGCCUGCUGCUGGACUACAGUGGGGAGGGUGGAGAGGGAGGUCAGAGGUUGCUUUAUGAGGACUCUAUAUCCUGGUCAUCCAGUCAGACCCACACUCUAUCCUCUUCCACUAUAGGGGGUCCCGGGGCCUUCUCUCCGGGCGGUAACCGCAAACGCAAGAACCGCAAGCCCUCCCUCCCGCAGGAGCUGGCACGCUGCGGGGGGCUGGAGGGGGAGCUGGCAGGCACGGCGUCUGAGGCAAUGUUGGCCCAGGCCAGGCUGGCGUGGGAGGCCCAGCAGGUGAUGAAACAGAGGAGCAGUUGGGACUCGGGGCAGGGCGGGGGGGUGGCCCAGUGCGGGGGAUCCAAAGACGGCUACGAGAGUGACGGGGCCGUGCCUCUGCCGCUGCCGGGGCCUGUGGUGAGGGCGUUCAGUGAAGACGAGGCGCUGGCGCAGAGUGACGGUCACCACUGGAAGCGCAGCACCUUCGACCGGCUGGGCUUCCCUCAGGCCCUGCUGGAGAAGAGCCUCUCAGUCCAAACCAGCCUGGCCUCCCCCGAGCCUUUCCUUCACCCCUCACAGUCGGAGGACCUCGGAGCCUGUGCCCAGUUUGAGGCCAGUCGAAAUGCGAGGAAUAUGAUGCCGAGCGCCAGCUGUGGCAUUUUCCCAGAAUUCACCCUGAGGAAGCCCUCCUCAGAGACUGACAUCGAGAACUGGGCAUCCAAGCACUUCAACAAACACACACAGGGUCUUUUCAGAAGAAAGGUGUCCAUUGCCAACAUGCUGGCCUGGAGCAGUGAGCCCAUUAAGAAGCCUAUGAUUGUGACCUCAGACCGCACAGUGAAGAGGGAAGCCGUGGACAUAUUCAAACUCGUCCAGACCUACAUGGGAGACCGGCGCUCAAAGGUUGACCCCUAUGCUGUGGCUCUGGAGGUGGUGGUGCGUGGGUGGAGCCAUCAGGGUCUGCGUGAUGAACUCUACAUCCAGCUGUGUCGUCAAACCACAGAAAACUUCCGCUACGACAGCCUGGAGCGAGGCUGGGAGCUGAUGGCCAUCUGCCUGGCCUUCUUCCCCCCGACACCUCGCUUCCACAACUACCUGGAGGGCUACAUCUGCCGACACAUGGACCCUCUCAACGACACCAAGGGCGUGGCCAUUAGCAGUUAUGCUAAAUAUUGCUACAGGAAGCUGACCAAGGGGGCGCUGACCGGAGCCAAGAAGGGCCUACAGAAGCCCUGUCUGGAAGAGAUCAUACACGCCAGGAACGCCAUCUUCAGUCCCUCCAUGUUUGGCUCGUCCCUGGAGGAGGUGAUGGCUCUCCAGAAGGAGCGCUAUCCAGACAGCCAGCUGCCCUGGGUGCAGACCCGCCUCUCUGAAGAGGUUCUGGGUCUCAAUGGAGACCAGACGGAGGGCAUCUUCAGGGUACCUGGGGACAUCGAUGAAGUCAAUGCCCUCAAGCUGCAAGUGGAUCAAUGGAAGAUCCCCACAGGACUGGAAGACCCGCACAUCCCAGCAUCCCUGCUGAAGCUCUGGUACCGGGAGCUGGAGGAGCCGCUGAUUCCCCACGAGUUUUACGAGGAGUGUAUCAAUCACUAUGACGACCCAGAAGCAGCUGUUAACGUGGUGCUGGGCCUGCCACACAUCAACAAACUGGUGCUCUGCUACCUCAUCCGCUUCCUACAGGUAUUUGCCCAGCCCGCCAAUGUGGUCAUCACCAAGAUGGACGUGAACAACCUGGCCAUGGUCAUGGCUCCCAACUGUCUGCGCUGCCAGUCCGACGACCCGAGGGUGAUCUUUGAGAACACCCGCAAGGAGAUGUCCUUCAUCCGGGUGCUGAUCCAGCGACUGGACACCAGCUUCAUGGACGGAAUCCUAUAGCCCCCUCACCACACA